AUGGAAGAGGGCAUGUCAAGCACGGUCUCAAACAAAGGAGUGAAAUGUAAGACUGGAGAAGUUUGCGGUCCAAGCCUUGCUACGAAUGACUCAUCAGAUGGUGCUAGUAGGCGUGUAUCGAAAAGGUUCAAAGGAGUUGUUGAGCAGCCAAAUGGGCAUUGGGGUGCCCAGAUAUAUGCCAAUCACGAAAGGGUUUGGCUUGGCACGUUCAGCUCUGAGAACGAAGCAGCUAUGGCUUAUGAUAGCGCUGCAAUCAAGCUUCGUGGUUGCGAUUGCCAUCGCAACUUUCCAUGGACCAAAUUCACCUUUGAAGAGCCACACUUUCAAAAUCAGUACUCUAAAGAAGCUGUGUUGAGAAUGAUCAAGGAUGGUUCCUACCAGGCCGAGUUCUUAGAAUAUCGAAGGAGUCACGCUGCAAGGGAGAGUUUGAGGAGUGAUAUCCAAUUUGGCAGCUUGGCUAGGGUGCAUAACAACGGAAAUGGAAAGAUGUUGAACCGACUUCUUUUCCAAAAAGAGCUGACACCAAGUGAUGUUGGUAAGCUGAAUAGACUUGUGAUACCGGUUAGCAAUGCCAAACGGUGCUUUCCCAGCAUUUCUGAAGCCACAAGUCAGAAGGUCGAGAGUUGCUCCAGCCAGCUAGUGUUUUAUGAUAAUAUGAUGAGGUCGUGGACUUUCCGGUACUGUUAUUGGAAGAGUAGCAGGAGUUUUGUGUUCACCAAGGGUUGGAGUCGGUUCGUAAAGACGCACCAUUUGAAGGCAAAAGACAUUCUUACAUUCUUCCAAUGCCAGUACAAGCAACUGGGGGACAAUGGUAACAAGGAGCCUCAAACAUUUUACAUGGUUAAAGUUAACUGGGAUGGCGUCGAAAGCGAAGAUGUUAGCUGCUUGGUUGAGAAUGAUGCUAAAAAUUAUCAAUAUGAUAACUGUAAACUUGAAGCUGUAAGCCAAAAUAUGAAUGAAGCUGAAGGAAUCCUUGCUGAUCAAAAGAAACGUUUCAGGCUUUUCGGCGUGGAGAUCUGCAACGAGGUGGCGCAUUAG